UUCAUCACUAUGGCACAAAACACUGUAGAAUUCCAUUGGCAAUCAUGCAGUUUAGCAGGGCAGAAACCACGCUGCAGAUCUGGAGCUGCGAUGGCCACUGUGGGAAGCUGCACUUACGUUUUCGGUGGCGCAGCUGGUGGAGAGAACGCUGACUCCUACGGAGAUAUGUUUUGUGUAGAUUUGGAGUCGGAAGUACCAGAGUGGAGGGAAAUAGAAAUGUGUGGAGCUGUUCCGUCGCCGAGAGAAGGCCAUUUAAUGCAUGAGGUCGGAGGGCUUCUCUACGUAUUUGGUGGCUCUAGUGAUCCAGAUGUCUCGACAUGUCUGUCUGGAAUGCAUACGUUUGAUCCAGUGACUAAGAUUUGGUCUAGUCUUGCUACUGGUGGAGAGGAGCCACAAGCUCUGAAUUUGACGUCUGUGGUUGUCGACUCGGCCAUCUAUACGUUUGGUGGCAUUCUGGAUGGAGAAGGAAGCAAUAGACUACACAUAUUUGAUACAGCUUCCAAGCAAUGGUCUUCUCUUGCCACUUCUGGACAACUUCCUAGUCCAAGAGGAGAUCACUGCUCUGCUGCUGUUGGUAGAAAAAUCUACAUAUUUGGUGGUUCUGGAGGAGAGAAACUAUUUUUUAAUGAUUUACAUGUUCUAGACAUUGCUACUCUUACUUGGACAAAGAUUGAAGUUGAUAAGGACGUGCCAACUGCAAGAGAAUUUGCAUCAAUAUGUGGCUAUGGAGACGAGUUGCUCAUACUGUUUGGAGGGACCACGGCUGAUAGUGCUUCUGAGACUGACUUCAGUGAUGUCCAUAUCUUCAACAUAGAAGAUGGUACAUGGCAGGAAGUGGCUGUAGGUGGUCCAGUGCCAGAUAAGAGAUACAGCCAUUGUUCUGUUGUCUGGAAGAACAAGAUGAUUGUGUUUGGUGGUCUAAAUGGCAGUCAGGACUUUAACGAUUUUAAUAUCCUCCAGCUGCCAUCAGCUUCAGUGUCCUAUACACGCACUCCACCAGUGAGAGCUCGUUAUGAUUUGACAACUCCAGUACCUGCUAAAAGAAAAGCUGUUCCUGUCGCUCCACCAAAGACUAUACGUCCACCUGAUUUUGAUGAACUAAAGUCAAAUCUCAUUCGUAGAGUAACAGAGAUGUUUGACCAACUCUCAGAGAAAUAUUUUCAACUUGACAAAGAUAAAGAACAACUAAGGGUUGAACGUGAAGCGUUUGAAGCAGAACGGAAAGCAAACAAUGAUAUGUAUGAACGUCAACAGCAAGAAUUGAAAGAGAUGUUUGAACUUCACAGACAGCAGAAUGAAGAAUGGAUUCAGCUCAGGACAGCAGAGAAUGACAAGGAUCGGCAAUUUAUUGCAAAAGAGAAGGCCCACUGGGAAGCAAAACAUGAAAAAUUGGCAAAGGAACGUGAAAUCUUUGACCAGAAAGCCACCAAGAUGGAGACAAUAAUGAAGCAAUUUCAAGGCAUUCAGUGAUAUUUGCUGUAUUCUACUUUCUUGUUUUUUAUAUUUCUAUUGUUUUAUCUAUUUGUUUUACUGACAUGGAUGUGCAUGUGCAAGGUUCUAGUAGGUGGUUAGUGGCCACUCAGUGACAAUGAUGCUCUGCUUAUCCUUCUUUCUUCUGCUGGAUCGAAUGUAAACAUUGGAUUGUUAACUGCUAAUAUUAGGUUGUCUUCU